AUGGAGGGUUCAAUUACGAGCGCUGAUCACUACGGCGUCUUUGAGAAGGCUGAAAUUGACCUCUUAUUAGUUGGAGAUGUUGCUGUUGGGACCCUGGCUGAUAUUAUACAGAGAUUAUUUUCAAAUACAGCUGAAAUUACAAUCACCAUUAGUGAUGUGAAGAAUGCUUUGAUCUUUUUGGAUGAUUUUACAUUCAACAUGAUUUUCCUGAAGAUGAAUUCAUUGCCAACUACAGAGGAGCUAGAAGCAAUCAAAUUAAUUAGAUUUGGCAAAAAGAAAAACACACACUUGCUGUUUGUUUUUAUAAUCCCUGAAAAUUUUGAAGAUUGCAUUUCAGGCCAUGGAGCAGAUAUUAUUUUAACAGAACCACUAACAAUGGAAAAAAUGAGUAUUGUACUAAAUUAUUGGAAAACCUUCUUCUCAAAAACUGCUAAGAUUGAAAAUGUUACCAGAAGAGAAGAUUUCAGACCAUUCCAACAGAGAUCUUUUAAUGAAACCCAAAGAGAUGGUUCCACUGAUCUAGACCCUCAUAGUUCCACUUCAUUAGGAGACAAUCCUGGAGUUGGACAAAAGACUUCAUUGUCUGAUUCCAGGAAAAGCAAAAAGAUUUCUCUUCUUCAUUCAAGCAAAGAAAAGCUGAGGAGAGAACGAAUCAAAGAAUGCUGUGAGCAGCUGCGAACUCUCUUGCCAUAUAUAAAGGGGAGGAAGAAUGAUGCUGCUUCAGUUCUUGAGGCAACAGUUGAUUAUGUGAAGUGUAUCCGAGAGAGAAUCCCUCCAGCUAUCAUGGUUCAGAUAACAAAGGUGCUUCAAAGCAACAGAAGGUUUUGUAAGAGGCAACCGGUAGCCAGCCAGCUACUCCCAAGUACUGUCAUGACACAAAGGGAAGAUAACGAGGUGACAAGUAUGCAGUCACCUGUGAAAGAGAUCAGAUUCCUGGCUAAUAAGUGCUUGAAUGUGUAUUCUCUUCCUGCUUCAGAGUGCCCAUUGGAUGAAGCUUUGAAAGGUCAUUCUAGCUCCACUUCCCAAAAUGCUGCUGGUGAUAUAUAUAAGAUUAUUCCCACUGAAAUGCUUUCUUUUAAUUCUUUACAUACUGAUCAUUCUGUCAGAUACUACACCAAAGUUGCUCCUUCUUAUGAAGCAGCUACAUUAACAAAUCAGAGCUUUUCAAUUAAUUUUUCAUCUGUUUUGCCAAAAGUCUCAAGAUUUCCUUCUCACUACUACAGCUCUGCUUUGGGUCAGGCCUGUUCACAACAUCACAAAUGUCUGCAUCAAUCUUUGGCAUGUUAAGGAAGCCUUCU